GAGGGGGCGGAGGUACGCGACCGCCGACCAGUUGCCUGACUCCAAAGCGUCGCUCGCGCCGCCGCCUCCUGUUUUGCCGUCGUUCAGGUUACCGCCCGCCGGCCUCUGCCGUCGCGCCGUCCCCCGACCGCCGUCCCCCGACCCUCCCCAUACAGGCAUCCGCUCCCCUGUUCCCGGCCCCCGUCUGCCCGCCCUCCCGUCCUGUGCGCCAGUGCUGCGGUAUUGCCGGCCUACCGCCGCGCUCGACGCCGCGCGGCGUCCCCUGCUUGGCUAGCUGACUUUGGUGUUUUGUGUGUUUUAUGAGUGGUGGUACAUGGCGACCAAAUCGACAAAAGUAACUUGGGGUUUGUGGCACAAUUGGCGCAUAACAUCUUAAUAGCGUGACGAGUAAUAUUUUCUUUUACAACAAUACACAUUUCGCCCAUCUUCUCCCCCUCCCACUUCGCCAUGGACAGCGCCGCCCCAAACUCUUCCUCCUCCUCCUCCGCCGCCGUCGUAGCGGCUGCGGCUGCUUCCGGUAACGGUGUACAAGGGGGCGACCGUCCCGAGGACCCUUCAAAGCAGAACCUGGCGCAGGUCACGGCCUCGAUCCAGAGGACCCUGGGCCUGCUCCACCAGCUCAACCUCAACGUCUCCUCCUUCAGCUCCGCGUCCCAGCUCCCCCUCCUCCAGCGCCUGAACGCGCUCGUGGCGGAGCUUGACACGAUGCAGAAGCUCGCGGACGGGUGCAACAUCCAGGUGCCCAUGGAGGUCGUCAAUUUGAUCGAUGACGGGAAGAACCCCGAUGAGUUCACCAGGGACGUGCUCAACAGUUGCAUCGCCAAGAACCAGAUCACCAAGGGAAAGACCGAUGCUUUCAAGAGUCUGAGGAAGCAUCUUCUAGAGGAGCUUGAAGAGGCUUUUCCUGAAGACAUCGAAGCAUACAGGCAGAUACGUGCUACUUCUGCCGCUGAAUCAAAGCGGUUGGCUCAGUCGCAAAGUGUUUUGCCUAAUGGAGAUUCCAAAGUAAAAGCUGAGCACUAACUGACAUAAGGACCCAAGCCGUGAAGAGCAAGAAGCUCUGCAUCUCUCCUAUGCUUACAGUUUGAGGAAGGCCUUGGGAACAAACAACUGCUACAUAUUAUCGACAUAUCCUUGUAUGCGCUGGCCUUUUAUAGGAGUGAUCAAUAGUAUACAUCUGUAUUAUAUAAUAUAUUCAACUUCCCAGUUGUUGUAGUCAAUUGCCUCGUGAUGUACCACCUACUCGGCUAGAUUUGUUGUGUUUCUGGCUGUCUAUGCAGCCAUCAUCAGCCAAUAUUGGUAAUUAGGGUACCUCUUUAUAAAUGGGUUAUGGCGCUACUUGCAAUCAACUAGUAGUACGUUAAUCUGCUGAUGAGCUCAUCAUCGUGUAUUGGCUCGGUAAUCAUUGCUCAUCAUGGGCCUACUGGCAA